AUGGAAUUAAGUAAUCAUGAAUACAUUCAUUCUCCAAAAACCAAUACUUAUAGACGUCGUUCUAAAAGUUUAAAUGACAAGAUAGAAUCCGGCAAAUCUUCAUACAUUCAUCAUGGAAAUCACCAUCAUUCUCCUCCUCCUAGGCAUGCUCACCACCAACCAGUCAUGAAAUUUAAUACCGAUAUGUGGAUGCAGGACUUUAGAGAAACUAUUAUCAAAAAAUUGUUUAGAGAAGAACGCUUUAAGGCUUUUCAAAAACGUAGAGGAUUAGAAAAUGUUAUGGAUGUUAGUGACGAAGAAGGAUGGGAAGAACAACAAAAG